AUGAGCUCGGAAGUUCAGCCACCGCGCACGUGGUUUUCGGUUGUUGCCGACCUCAUGUCCGCGGCAUUCUUCCUGCCGAAACUCUCCUCGUCCUUCCUCGUCCUCAAAACCAUGUUUGACAGUAAAAACAAGGAUCUCGAGCUUGAUUUCUAUCGACCGAGGCUGCCUUCAACAUCAUCUAUCUUGUCGGUACACCUUCGCUCAGCCGGGCUGGACAAAUGCUUGGAGACAGGAAACACGCAAUCGCCUCACCAGGGUCUCCAGAGCGAUAUGAACGUCCAGAAUUUAUGUCAUUUCACGCCGCUAUUCGCCAUACUGAGGGACUUUGCACGAUGGGAAGACUACGCAGCUAUCUAUGUGCUUAACUCUGCGGUUGCAAUUCCCUGA